AUGUCAUUCGUCGUGCGAAGAGCUUGCCGGAGGCUAGCUCGUCCCACGUUGCCCGCCCUUGCCCGCCGUGGAUACUCGACACCAGCAUCAGAUCAUGUCCGGCUCGUCGAGGUCGGCCCGCGCGACGGCCUCCAGAAUGAGAAGACGAGCAUCCCCGUCAACACCAAGAUAGACUUUGUCAACCGCUUAGCAACAACCGGCCUGAGCGUGAUAGAAGCGGGCAGCUUUGUGAGUCCGAAAUGGACGCCUCAAAUGGCCAAUUCCUCCGAGAUCCUCGAGCACGUCCUCAAAACCCCUCCUAAAUCCGCCGAGCCUAUAGUCUACCAGUUCCUCAUGCCCAACGAGAAAGGCCUGGACAACUUCCUGAACGUCUACGGCGCCCACGCCGCGGCAACCACCGACAACGGCCCCGCACUGAACACAUCCUCACAAGACCCCAAUGCCAUGCCCUCCGCACCCUCGGGCGCCGCCGCCAUGUCCACGACCCCCGAGAUCGAAGUCUCCAUCUUCACCGCCGCGACCGAGACCUUCGCCCGCAAGAACACCAACUGCAGCGUCGCCGAGUCCCUACAGCGCUUCGAGCCGCUGGUGGCGCGGGCGCGGAGCCACGGCCUGCGGGUGCGCGCGUACAUCUCGGUGGCGCUAGGCUGCCCGUACGAGGGCCCGGACGUGGACCCGCACGCGGUGGCAGAGCUGGCCGUGUCGCUGCUCGAGAUGGGCGCCGACGUCAUCUCGGUCGCGGACACGACGGGCAUGGGCACCGCGCCGCGCACGCGCGAGCUGCUGCGCACCCUCGCCGCCGCCGGCGUCGACCGCCAGGACCUCGCCCUGCACUUCCACGACACGUACGGCCAGGCCCUGGUCAACGCCCUCGUCGGCCUCGAGCACGGCGUGCGCGAGUUCGACGCCGCCGUCGCCGGCCUCGGCGGCUGCCCCUACAGCCCCGGCGCCACCGGCAACGUCGCCACCGAGGAUCUCGUCCACCUGUUUGAGAGCCUGGGCCUGCGGACUGGCGUCGACAUUGAGAAGCUGUCCGAGGUGGGCAAGUGGAUUUCAGGGGAGAUCGGGAGGCCGAACGAGAGCAGGGCAGGGAAGGCGACCUUAUCGAGGAUCGCUAGGGAGAAAGGGGAAGGGUGUUGA